CCCGCCGCCGCGGCCUGUGUCCGCUCCGAGCUCCGCCAUGUACCCGGCCUGGGGCUUGUACGGGGCGGCCGGGCACUACCCGCCGCCCCCCACCUCCAUCCCGCCCCCGCCGCUGCCCAUCCCUCCCCCCAGCGUGCCGCCUCCCGCCGUUCCGCCGAUGCCGCUUCCCAGCUAUCCGCCGCCGGGGCCCGCGCCCCCCGCCGCCGCGCCGCCGCCCGCCGGUUCUUCGGGGUUCCUGAGCCUGCAGGAGCAGCACCUGGCCCAGCUGCAGCAGCUCCAGCAGAUGCACCAGAAGCAGCUGCAGUCCGUACUCUUGGGCCCUCCGCCGCCGCCGGGCCCGCCCCCGCCGGGGCUGCCGCCGCCGCCGUUGCCCGGCUCCUUCACCGACUGGCAGCAGCAGCCACCGGUGCCACCGGUGCCGCCGCCGGUCCGCAGCUACCAGAAGCAGUACGCCCACCGUGAGCCACCGCCCCGCAAGCCGCCCCCCGCGGCUCGGGACCGCGACGGGCAGGAGCCGCCGGGCGGGCACGGCGACUGGGGCGAGCCGGUGCCCGCCGAGUCGGUGCCCAUGGACAUGGAGCUGUCCUCGCCGCCGCAGUCCCCGCAGCCCGGCGCCCAACCCUACCUGCCCCCCGGCCAGCCCUACCUGCCGCCGCCCCAGACCGAGCCUUACCUGCCCCCCGCCCAGCCGCCCCCAGCCCAGUCCCCGCCGCUCCAGCCCUACCUGCCCCGGGCGCAGCCCUCCCAGCCGCCCCCCUCCUUUUCCGAGCCCCCGCCCUCCUACCUGGAGCCCCCGACGGCCACCGCCUCCCAGCCCUACCUGCCGCCUCCUGCCCAGGGCUACAUGGCACAUCCCCAGCCCUACCUGCUCUCUUCCCAGGCCUCUCCUUCCCAGCCCGCGCAGCCCGCACUGGCCCCCUCCAUCCCUCCCCCGGUCAAGCCGUCGCAGGCUCAUUUCCCCCCGCCCCAGACGUCCUUGCCCCCGCCCGCCGCUGCCCAGCCGGAGGCCGCGCAAGGUGCCGCCAAGGAGGGCGGUGGCACGGAGCAGCCGGACCCCUCCACCAUGACUCCCCAGGAACAGCAGCAGUACUGGUACCAGCAGCACCUGCUUAGCCUGCAGCAAAGGGCAAAAGCCCAUGCUCAGGGACAGCAGCAGAUGAAAAGUCCAGUAGUGAAGGAUGAGCAGAGAGCAAAGUCUGAAGAAGAGAAAAUGAGUGCUUCAACUCAGCAGUCUGAACCUCCACCUCUUAAUGAAUCCCUGCCUCCAGCAUCCAAAGAAGAUGAGUCUUCUCUUACAUCCACUGAAACUCAGCUCAAUAUUGAACCUCCUGAUGACCCUGAGGAGGAUUUGAGAUUACAGCAAUUGCAAGCAGCAGCAGCUCAAUGGCAGCAGCACCCCCAUCAGCGGGUUGGGUUCCAGUAUCAGAGAAUAAUGCAGAAGCACGCUCAGCUGCAGCAGAUAGUACAGCAGUAUCAACAGAUCAUGCAACAGCCUCCACACUUAGAGACAAUGUCAGUGGACAUGCAGCUGCAACAUUUUGAGGCACAGCAAAAACAGUUCCAGCAGCUUCAUAAAGAUUGGGAGCGAUCAAUGAACCAGCAGUGGCAGCACCAGCUUCAAACCUACCCUCACAAAGACCAGCUUCAAGAGUAUGAGAAACAGUGGAAAGCAUGGGAUGAACAGAUGAAGGUUACUCAGUCACAUCUACAGGAAAAAGUGACCUCACUCCAAAAUCUGAAGAAUCAGUAUCCUGCAAAUGUUUCGCUGCCACCUCCAUUUAUUCCAUAUUCCCAAACUGGUCAAGGUGGCAUUCCUAUUAUGCCUCCAACUUUACCUUCAACUACACCUCCACUGGUCCCCCCGCCUCUCUCUUCUGUUUCUCAGUUAUCCAAUUCCUCUGUCCCUUCAGGAUCCAGUUCUCAAAGCAGUCAAACUACUGAAACACCAAGGCCAGCUCUCCUUCCCACCCCUGGUACCUAUGCAUCAAAAAUAGCUAGUUCAACUAGCUAUUCACCUUACCAUUCUCAAGUAGGUUCAUCUUUUGGCUCAUCUGACCAUGGAAAGUCUCAAGGUCAUCUUAGUAAACAAACUGUAAAUAUUUCAUCUGAACAACAGUAUGGGGAACUGAAAGGCACUUCUGCAGUAUCUUCAACACACACACCUGUUGUGCAGGAUAAACCAGUGAGGUCAGGUGGAUUGCUUCCAGAUCCUCCCAGAUCAGCACGUUUUGAAGGCCCCAGAGGCCCUAGAUUUGACGGACCUCGAGGAAGAGGGUAUGACAAAUUUGAAGGGUCAAGACCGAGAGGACCUCGUUUUGACUCCCAGCGCUCAGAAGGAUACAGGUCACGUUUUGACCGACAGAAUACAGACGGACAGUCUUCAAGUAGAUGGGGCUCUAUCCCACGAGGACCAGCAGGACAGUUUUAUACAACAAAUGCAUCACAUGGACACGGUUCCCGACCUAGUGGUCCACGGUGGAUGGGGCCCAGGCCUCAUUUGGGACAGCAGCAACAGCAGCAGACACAGAUAGACUCACAGUCAGAAAGCAAAGAACCUUUUACAGACACAGCUGGCGAUCAGCAGUCUGUAAGCAGAACUGAGUCUACUCCUGAUGCACAGAGUGCAGGUCCCAUUGAGCCAAAUGAGGACCUGACAGACACUCAACAGGAACCAUCCAAACCUGAAGUCAAAGAACCUAGUUCAGACCCUCCUAAAAAGUGGACAUGGAGUUCACACGAUCCCAACCAGCAAGUAGAAGAGUCCAAGGCACCCACCCCACCUAUUCAGAACCAGAAUACAGUUGCCCCUGCAACAGGAAAUCAGGAUUUGGAUUCACCAGAUGGCCAGUUGACUGCUUCAGAUAGCACCCAGGGCCUACCUGGACCAGAAAGCAGAGGAAAAGGGCCAUUCAUGCAUGAAGAUAGAGGAAAGGGACCAGGAAGCAGAGGAAGGGGCCGUGGCAGAGGGCAGGGGGAUGGCCGUGGCUGGGGAAUGGGCCGUGGCAGGGGAAUGGGAAGGAUGGAUGGUGGCCGGGGAAUGGGAAGGAUGGACGGUGGUUGGGGAAUGGGCAGGAUGGACGAUGGCCAUGGCCGGGGAAUGGGCAGGAUGGACGAUGGCUGUGGUAGAGGAUACGUAUACAGAGGCAGAGGGCAGGCUAGGCAGGCAUCCAUCCGUGGCAGGGGAGUGUUUAGGAGAGCAGGCAGCAGGGAGAGGAUGCCAGAUAGACGGUCAGGCAGCAGGGAGAGGAUGCCAGAUGGACAGUCAGGCAACCGAGAGAGGGGGCUGGGUGGACGGUCAGAUAGCCAUGAGAGGGUAUUCUCUAACCGAGACAGAGAGCCGCCUGGACGGGCGGGCAGCUGGGAUAGGGGACGGGCAGGAAGCCGGGAGAGAGGCCCCGUCAGACGGGCAGGUAGCCGAGAGAGGGAGCCCAUGCGGCGGGCAGGUAGCCGAGAGAGGGAGCCCAUGCGGCGGGCAGGUAGCCGGGAGAGGGUCCCCGUCAGGCGAGCAGGUAGCCGGGAGAGGGUCCCCAUGAGGCGGGCAGGUAGCCGUGAGAGGGACCUGGUCAGGCGGGCAGGUAGCCGGGAGAGGUGUCCCAUCAGGAGGGGAGAUAGCCAUGAGAGGGAAGCAGGAAGAUCUGAAACAGGCAAUAUGGGUAAACCCAUUCACCUAGGAGAUGACCCUGACAAAUUGCCUCCAUACCAUCGAGAUGAAACAUUCAGGGGUUCUUGGGGUCAUGAAGAUGAUACAAUGCAGGAGGAAUUUCCUUUAGAUAGUCAAGAUGACCCAUCUUUGGAGCAUGAGCAAUUGGAUGAGUGGGAAAGAGAACAAUACUGGAGAGAUCACAACUCUGAUUAUCAGGAUGAUUCUGUACAUGCAUAUGACAGAGAUGACAGGUUGCAAUCCCACCAUUCACUGCCUCCGUUGUCUCCCCUGCCACCACUACCUCCUUUAUCAUCUGAUCACGACAGACGAGAUUCAUGGUGGGAUGACUGGAAAAGGCCAAGAGAAAGGGAACUAGAGAGAGAUCUAGAUAGAACUGGAAGAUCCUCACAUAGUUAUGAUCAAGAUUUAGACAAAGAAUGGGAUAGAGACUGGGACAUGAGACCUAUGGAUGACAGAGAAAUGGGGAAUCGUGACCUGGAUAUCCCCCCUCUACCACCAUUACCACCCCUUCCACCUCUGGACAGGUAUCGUGAAGAUAGGUGGAGGGACGAUAGGAACAGAGAUCAUUAUGACAGAGAUCUCAGAGACAGGGGGGAGCUUAGGAUUCGAGAAUAUCCAGAGAGAUAUGACACAUGGCGGGAGAAGCAAGACUACCUUCCUGAAAGGACUGACUGGGAGAGGGAACGGUUGUCAGAUAGGUGGUAUCCAGAUGAUGGAGAGAGACUGCGGUCUUUGGAUGACCACUCAGAUGCAUCCCUUCCUCCCCCUUCACAUUCGUCUGAUAUGCUGGGAGCAGAUUCAAACCUGGACUCUGACCAGUCCUUGGGAGGAGUGAUGGUCCUAAGCCAAAGACAGCAUGAGAUAAUUCUGAAGGCUGCCCAGGAGCUCAAAAUGCUUCGGGAGCAAAAAGAACAGCUACAGAAGUUGAAGGAGUUCAAACCUGAUAUUUCCACCCAGGACUCUCCAAGAUCACAGAACACAAGCACAAGGCCAGGUGCCUUUCAGGUCUCUUCUCAGCUAUCUUCAGAGGCACCAGUAGAAGCCCAAGCUAUUAAACCUUCUCCUGCUGUUAUUAUAAAGCCUCCCGUGUUGUUCAGACAGCCCACCCCUGUGACAAGACCAAGUGCCCCACUGGCAAGGCCUACUACACCUAUGACAAGGCCACACGCUCCAGUUUCUACUCCAACUACAACCCCAAGUCAUGGUCAGUCUUUAAAACCAUCACCUUCUGCUGUGGAACAGGAACGCUGGGAUGAGGACUCUUUCCAUGGACUGUGGGACACAAACGAGGAUAAAGGUGCAAAUAUGGAGUACGAGUUGUGUAAGCAGGAGUCGAUGAUGCCUCCACCUGUCUCUUCGCCUGUGAAAGUACCUGCCGUCCACACCUCCAUUCCAUCAGCUGUACCAGUGUCCCUUUCUUCAGUUAUUCCAGCAGUUCCUAAAGCACCCAUCAUUCAGCAGACAGUGGAUUAUGGCCACGGGCGAGAUAUAACCACCAGUAAAGUGGAACAGAUUCCAUAUGGGGAGAGGGUAACCCUUCGUCCAGAACCUCUACCAGACAGGCAAACAUUUCAAAAAGAGCAUCCAGGUCGCUACAAUAGAGAAAGAGAUCGUGAGCCUUAUUUUGAGCGUCAAGGCAAUUCCAACACAGAUCAUCGGGAUUUCAAGAGAGAGCGAGAAUUGCACAGAGACCGAGGUUCUGUGGACUAUGAGCGAGAGAGAUUUGAAAAAGAGCGGCAUCCCCGAGAUGAUAGGGUUCUUCCUACUACCCCUUCAAGAACUCAGUCUUACCGUGACAAGAAAGACCAUCCAUCCUCCAGGCGAGGUGGUUUUGAAAGACCACCAUAUGAACGAAAGACAGAUCGUCCAGCAUAUGAUCGUGGGCCUUCCAUGUUUGGAGAAAAUUCUUCUGUCCAAACACUGGAAUUUGAAGGUGAUUGUAGAAAUUACCCUGAGGAAAGGAUUCCUAUUUCUGCUCCAUCAAUGCCUCGUCAGCCACCACCUGCUCCACGAGUAGAAAGGAAGCCAGAAUCUAAAAAUGUAGAUGAUAUUUUAAAACCACCAGGACGGGAUAGCAGGCCAGAGAGGAUUGUGAUCAUCAUGAGAGGGUUACCUGGCAGUGGAAAGACACAUGUAGCAAAACUCAUCAGGGAUAAGGAAGUAGAAUGUGGAGGACCUGCACCAAGAGUGCUCAGCCUGGAUGACUACUUUAUCACUGAAGUGGAGAAAGAGGAGAGAGACCCAGAUACAGGGAAAAAAGUUAAAAAGAAGGUGAUGGAGUACGAAUACGAAGCUGACAUGGAGGAGACCUAUCGUACCAGCAUGUUUAAAACUUUCAAAAAGACCUUGGAUGACGGCUUCUUUCCCUUCAUUAUCCUUGAUGCUAUCAAUGAUAGAGUGCGACACUUUGAACAGUUUUGGAGUGCUGCAAAAACAAAGGGGUUUGAGGUCUACUUAGCUGAAAUGAGUGCAGAUAACCAGACGUGUUCCAAGAGGAAUAUUCAUGGGCGCAAGCUCAAGGAUAUCAGCAGGAUGUCUGAUCACUGGGAGGCAGCACCACGCCACAUGAUGCGCCUGGACAUUCGUUCUCUGUUGCAGGAUGCUGCUAUCGAAGAGGUGGAGAUGGAGGAUUUUGAUGCAAAUAUUGAAGACCAGAAAGAAGAAGUCAAGAAGGACACAGCAGAGGAAGAAGAAAGUGAACUGGGUUACAUUCCGAAAAGCAAAUGGGAGAUGGACACUUCUGAGGCAAAGCUAGAGGGAGUGUCGCCUUUCUGUGGAGAUUGAGCAUCAAAUUUGGCAGAUGUAACUUAGAGCAAAAGAAGAACCUUAACUAAAUAAUGUAAUAGAUACAAAUAUUCUGAACAUUUUCUUAAAUGUUGGCUAUUUUAAGAAGCAGAGGGAUUAUAAUGUUUUAUUAGAGAAAGUUCUGUAUCUGUUCCAGGGAAAUGGGGCAGAGGUGGAGUCUUUAAAAGGUUUUGAGGUGUAUGAGGGAGAAAUAACUCAAUUGGUUUAUGGACUUUAAAUUAUACUAGCAUGUCUACAGUACCAUUCCCUCACAUUAUCUUCAUUGUUACUCUUCUCUCUCUCAUAUUAAGUAAAAAACUCAUCUCUGAACUGAGUUUCUUUAAGUACAUACAUUUUGAACAUCAUCUUCUGCUAUCCAGAAAAUAAUGCUGCCUUGUAUUUGGUCUAUUUCUGAGGCCUUUUGUGGGUGAAUAUAAUUACAACAGUGACUUUUGAAACAGUAUUUCUAACAUCACUGGUAAUGAUUUAAUGAAUGUAAUUGCCAAGCUUUAGUGUUCCUUCUACACAUACCUGAAUUGUUGGCUUAUAAAUUGGUAGUUUACAUUGACAGAAGUAACAGAAUUUCCUUUGACUUGUAGAGCUGGUUUUCCUUUCAUGCUUUGUUGUUCAUAAUCUUACAAUGAAUGUUUCAUCUCCUUUCCAAAGACAGUUUGCCACAUAAUUUCAAGAAGGUGUUGUUUUCUUUACUAAGAAUAAGUGUCUAAAGUGGAACAAAAUUUUAGAACCUAAGAACGGAAUUGUUUCUCCUCAUGUAUCGGUUCAAUAAGAAAAAGAAGAAAAUGAGGACUGUUGGACAAACGUACUGCUCAAAUAAUUAUGACUGACCUCUUACACCAUGAAAGAAAAGAUUCUGAGAUAUUUUUCUCCCAGUCCUGGAAGACUUUUUAAGUGGUUUGCCUUAUGGGGAGAGAAAAAGAAAGGGAAGGAUCAGGCUUUCCAAGGAGUGUUUUGUUUAGCAAUAUCUCAAAAACUUGUCUUUGAUGCAUUAAGUUAUAUAAUUGCCACUUGUUCUCUGAAACUGCAUGUAUGCCAUGUUUGACACAGUAUUGAUCCCCAAAUUUGGGAAAAAUGCUACAGCUUUAGUAUUGUGUUCAAAUACAGAAAGAUGGAUCCGUGGUUCCUAGCUAUUGUUGGCUGUAUUGUACCUGUAAGGACAGACUCCAUGUAGAUCCAGAAGAGCAAACUUUUUCUCCCUCAUAUAGAAAACAACACUGAGUGUUAUUGCCACACAGUUAACAUGAAAGAUCAAUAAAACUUGAAAACUG